GAUUCCAGCUUUGCUUUGCUUUAAAGCUUUCUCCAAAAGAGAAAAAUAAAAACUCAUAAUCCGUGAUUCGAGCUAUUUCUCGUCCAUUUUUCUUCUUCUAUUCUUGUUAUUAUUUGUCUUAUUUGUCUCUCAAAUUCAUCACCAUAUUUGAUAGAACAAUAUCAGAAAAUAAAUAAAAGGACUCGAAUCUCUCUGGGUUUCUUCUUAUUCUAUAAUCCAUCUGCAUGUAACGUUCUAAGACCGAUUCAUCAUCUGACUCCAGAUUUUGCAUAAAGUCUCAAACUUUAAGGUCUCUUUCAUUGGUGAAUCUGAAGCUAUCGGAUGAAUUCGCCGUCGAGUUACAAGAAUCUGAGACUCUUUUCAAAACCCAUCGCUUUCAAAUGUCUUGUUCUCGUUGGUAUUGCUCUGUUCUACAAAGCUCUGUUUCUCUCUUCCUCUCCCAGAAACCUUCUCUCGAUCCGAGCCUCAGAUUCCUCCUCUACCUAUGGAGUCAGGACCGAUAAGUUUCUGGAGGCUCCUCAGAUCGUGUGGGGACUGAACAACCAGAAGAUAGCUUUCGCCAGAGCUUGCUUGACGGCGAGAACCAUGAACAGAACGCUUCUCAUGCCUAGCUUGAGCGCUUCCUUGUUCUACAAGGAAGUAGACAAGCUUCUUCCCAUCCCUUUUGAUAAAGUGUUUCAGUUCGAAAGGUUCAACUCUCUGUGUAAUGGGUUUGUGCGUCUCGCUCGGUUCUCUGACGUUAGAAACAGAACGCAAGUCUUUGAUUUGGAGAAAGGCAGUGGGAGAAGAUGGACGGUGGAGAGAGAUUUGGAUCAGCUGAAACAGUCUGUGUCCGUUGAUGAGUUUGAAGUGAUCAAUGUGAAAGGGAAGAACCCUUUCUUGUGGCAUGAUCACUGGCCGGUUAAGGAUUAUGCUAAGGUCUUUGAGUGUAUGGUUGUGGUUGAUGAGAUCUCGAGAGAAGCGGAUAAAGUGGUGACGAGAAUCAGACAAGCAGGGGGAGAUAGAAUCAUCAUGGAGGGUCUUGUCCCUUUUGUUGCGGUUCACAUGAGGAUAGAGAUAGAUUGGAUGAUACAUUGCAAGAAGCUGGAGCAGAGGCAGAAAGUGUCAGAGAUUUGUAGUAGUAAAAGAGAGAUUAUGGAGAGAGUAGGGAACAUUUCAGGUUUAAAGACUCCCACGGUUCUGUACCUAGCGGUAGCUGAUAGUCUCUUGGAAGAGAAAGAAGGAGAAUCAUCGGUGUUAGCGGGUUGGAGAGAAGGGUUGAUACCUUUUGAGAAGAAGAAGCUUGGGGUUAAAGAGGAGGUUUAUGGAAAGUACUCGUAUUUGAUUCAGUCUGCUAUAGAUUACGAGGUGUGUUUAAGAGCGGAUGUUUUUGUUGGUAAUAGCUUUUCGACUUUCUCUAGUCUCAUUGUUCUUGGGAGGACUCAGAAGUUGAGAAGGUUAGGGGUUGUGAGUUCUUGUGAUGAUGGUGGAAACGUGUGGAGAUCUUAUGCUUAUAAUCUGGCUGGAGAAUCAGAGGGAGUUCCAAGGAGAUGGAUGACUAAUAUGACUCAUUCAAGCUUGGAAGCUAUUAGCUAUGGCUCAAACACUGUUUCUUGUUCAAGUGAGUGAAGUUGAGACAUUUUAGAAUUAGUUUUUUUGGUCUUUUUUUUUAUACAAUUCGUUUAUUUGUGGGGUACAAAGUUGUGUAGAUUUUAGAUCUCUUGUUCUUCAAUUUGGUCUUCUGAUGGUAAUUAUUGUGAGACAAAAAGAGAGUAAGAAGUGGAAUCUAUAGAAACCAAUUCUUUAUUUGUCAGAGAAGACAUUCAUGUACAAACAAUCUCUUAAUUCAAAUUUCAAGAAUUACAAAUUAUUUGAUUUUGAUUUCAA